AUGACUGUCCUCACACCAUCCUACCACGCUGAGAGUUUCUCUCCGGAGGACAACAAAUUCGAUCUGAGGCUGUUUUGGUAUAACAGCAAGUGGCCAUACCAGUUUAAGAAGAUUGAUGUGAUUGUUGACGGCUUAAAUGGCGACUCGGUUGCUUUUCCGGGAGAAGAAGCAAGCUCAGGCAAAAAAGUUGGGGUCGUGGCAGCAAACUCCGGUGAUCCAAGUGCGGGUCUCUGA